CUCUCCCUCCGCCCCAUCGCUGUGUGCGCAGGCGUGCCCGCCCCGCUGCCUGCCCCCCCCCGCCCCGCUCACCCGCUGCCCGGCCCUUCUCGCUCCGAGCCCGCACCCCCGGCCGCCCCAUGAAAGCGACUCGAUUCGCCAUGAGGAGGGACGGUGCCUUCCAGGAGCAGCCCGCCCUGAUCGAGCCGGGGAGGAACGAGCGGUCGAUGAAUUAAAGAUGGGUGGAAAAUGAGCAAAGGGAAACGCAGCCAUCAGCGGGACGGCAGAGGAAGAGAGGAUGGUCCCGUAGCCCCGCAGCCCCUGGAGCUGCUGCCCCCUCUGCUCGCACCACGUGGAAGGACCGUGAGCGGCAGCGGCUGCGAUGAGAGCCCCGGCCCUCGGCUGAUGCCUGCCCUGCUGAUAAAGAUGAUCAAUAAGUCCCGAGGGAAGAUCCUGGGAGUGCUGGCGCUGUUUCUGGUGAUGGUGUGGUACUCGAUAUACCGGGAAGACAGCUUUUAUUUCCCUGUGCAAGAAAACAAGACUGUGUGUCCCAUUGGGGAGGUGGAGAGGAAGGCAGCACAGCUCAUCGGGAACUACACAAGGGACCGCCCGCUCUUCCUGCAGCUGAAGGAUUUCUUCUGGGUGAGGACGCCGUCGCUCUACGAGCUGCCCUAUGGCACCAAAGGCAGCGAGGAUGUCCUCCUGCGCCUGCUGUCAAUCACCAGUUACUCACUGCCCGAGAGCAUCCAGAGCCUGAAGUGCCGGCGGUGUGUGGUGGUGGGCAACGGGCACCGGCUCCGCAACAGCUCCAUGGGGGACACCAUCAACACCUACGAUGUGGUGAUCAGGCUGAACAACGCACCGGUGCACGGCUAUGAGCAGGACGUGGGCUCCAAGACCACCAUGAGGCUUUUCUACCCCGAGUCAGCCCACUUCGACCCUCAGGUGGAGAACAACCCUGACACGCUGCUGGUGCUGGUGCCCUUCAAGCCCAUGGACUUCCAGUGGAUGGAGGCCAUUCUCAACGACAAGAAGAGGGUUCGUAAAGGGUUUUGGAAGCAGCCCCCACUGAUCUGGGAUGCCAACCCGGAGCAAGUGCGCAUCCUCAACCCCUACUACAUGGAAGUAACUGCUGCUAAACUGCUCAGCCUCCCCAUGAAGCAGCCACGGAAGGUCAAACAGAAACCAACCACGGGGCUGUUGGCCAUCACCUUGGCUCUCCACUUCUGCGACCUGGUGCACAUUGCAGGUUUUGGGUACCCUGACUCAGCCAACAAGAAGCAAACCAUCCACUACUAUGAGCAGAUCACGCUCAAAUCCAUGGCUGCCUCGGAGCACAACAUCUCACAUGAGGCGGUGGCCAUCAAGCGCAUGCUGGAACUGGGCCUGCUCAAGAACCUCACCUACUUCUGAGGGCACUGGGGCUACACAGAGACACGUCCCACCUCGUUGCCUGCGGUGGUGCUGGAGGAGCCGGUGUCACUGUGCCCAUCACGCUGCUGGUGGCAGUGGGGGGCCAUGCCGGCUUGCCGGCCCCAGGGGCGCAGGGAGCCCCUCAAUGGGGACUUUUCAUAUGGAAACACUGAAACUAGUGAGGACUUGGGAGAGAUUCUGGGGAGGAUGGAGGGGACCCCCCCCCCCAGCAGGUCUGGGGGUCACAGCAGGGUGCACUGGAGCCCCCCUCUUCCCCUGGAUGCUCUUGCAUUUGGGAUGAGGAGCCCAAGGAGGGGCUGAUGUGUGGGGGUCCUUGCGGAGUCCCAGCCUCCUCCCAGCUGGGCACCCCCAGUAUUUAAUUCCUCCCUUCUUCCCCCUCGUUUUUUUAUUUUCCUUUUACACGCUGGCCCAGCCCCAUGCCUUAGUGCUGGUGUGGGGGGCUCAGCCCUGCAGCACCCCUGGGUGGCCCAUGGGAGGGUGUGGGGGCAACACGGCAGUGCAGAUUAAUUUAAUUAAUUUAAAAGAUUAUUUAUCAUGGGGCCUCCCCCCUCUGUGGCCUCGUGCAGGGGGGGGCUCUUGGCUCCUGGGGUGCUGGGGGGGGCUCCCCCCUCCCCAAAGGUGCCUUUUUGUCCCACCAUGGGCGCCUUGCUCACACGGGAUCCUGCAUCCCCCAGGAUUUGGGGAAGGGGGGCCCUGGGACCCAUGGACCUUGGGGUGUUGGGGGGCUCCUGCUGGCACCCAAUAAAGGUCCUGGUGCGUCUGGC